CUCACCAGACGUUUGUGGUAGAAGGAACAGUCGAUACAACGUACUUUUUCGACAUUUUUUUUAAGCUCUAAAUACCGCUCGAAAAGUGUUUAUUUCAACGAAAUAUCGUACUCAUAACAUCGCUUCAACUGGAUGUAAUAGUCUCAUCCCAAGAAAAUGCUCCACUAGCUCAUUUUUGCCGAAAAGCUGUUCGAAUAAACGAGGAAUAACACUGGUCCAGGAUGGUUUCAACUCGAUUUAGUUCGAUGUCAAACGGCAUCGAGCACAUUAUGCUUUGCCAUAAUAAUCCUACGGAACCCCCGGUUACACGUGUUACUAGAAAUAGCGUUGCGGUUGCACAUUCUUCCGUGCAAUCCAUACCAUCCACUUCGUCAGAUACAACAGUUGGAAGUGCUACAUCGCGAAAGGGCAUUAAUAUUCUUAAUCUUCCGCCUGAACUUAUUGAGAAAAUUCUUGGAUACUUAAAAUUCAAAAAUGUUUGUCAAUUACGUUUGGUCUCAAAAACGAUGGAUAGAGUAUGUGGUCAACUAUUAAACUCAACCUUCCAAAAGCUGCAAACGCAAAUGUUUCAUCGUUACCAGUCAAUAAAACGAAAAAUGCCUCGUCGCGAAUCCGCAAGACGUAAUCAUCACUUAGCUUGUGAAAGCGAUAUCAUAGAAACGCUUUAUAUGCGAUUAACUCUACUUCAAAUGUCUUUUGGGAAGCACAUUGAACGUAAGCAUUGUUGUUUCUUUCCGGGCGACGUUCUCGACGAAGUUUACAACAUUUUACAUUAUGUUAAGUCAAAUACAAAACUUGCGCGACCUUAUAAGGUCACCGACGAACUUUUUGACCUCUCCACCAUGGCAAUGGAAUAUUUUAAGGACAAAAUUGAACCGGAAUUACCUGAAAUUGCUUAUUUUGGAACUGAUUUUCUUGAUCUCUCUGGAACAUAUUCCUCACCUACUAAUAAUAAGUACCUGGCUCUGGACUCAUCCCCGCUUGGUCCGGAAGAAACAAAAGAUCCUGAUAGAUCUGUUGCGGAUAGUUUGGACGAUACAGACACAGAACCAUUACCCCAAUCAAACAUGGUGCUUCGUAAACGUAUCCGAAAAAUAAAACAGGGUAUGAAACGUUAUAAUAGCCAGCUGUCGUUGUUACGAAACGAUUUGAGAGUAUGUAAACGUAAAACGUCUGAGCAGCAAAAACAAAUUUCGGAGCAACAAAAACAACUGGCUGAACAACAAAAACAAACGGUUGAGUACACUACAAGACUUGAUGAAUACGAUAAAAAAAAUGAAGAGAUCUCACGUAAAUUUAGUACAUUACUUCAAGAAUUAAAUAAGUGUAAAACUGAGUUACAAUAUUGGAGGUCAAAAUCGCCUGCAACGCCGCCGUUUUGUGCGGGUUGUGGUAAUAGUAUUCCACCACCGAUUGAAGAAUUGCAAGCGUUGAUGAAUCAAGGCGUUAAUCCCGAAGGAUUAUGUUUGGAUCCAAACUCAGAGUUCAUGCCGAUUCCAGAGAAUUCCAGUGGUGGAUUAAAAAGCGAUAAUGACGAAAUUAAAACUGAUUGUGCGACCGUACCAGAAAUAACGGAAGUUGGGUCCGUCGCGAAUUUACGAAAUAAACGAAAAGCGGAUACUGAAAUGUCUACGCCGAUUGCGCACACGGCUAAAAAACCGCGUCGCGUUUUAAAGGAACGCAGCAAAAGGGGUAAGGUGUAAAAGAAAACGAUCGGUAAAACGAAACGAAGAAAAGAAAAAAGCGGUUUGUUUAAUAAUUGUUUUAAUUCAUAAAAAAAAGAAUAUUACAUGACAACGCACACACACGACAAGAUGAGUAAGUAUGGUAAGGUUCUUUCCUUCCUUAUUAUUAUUUUUAAAUAUCUAAAUGUGCCAGAUAAGGGGAAAAUUGUUUCCUAAAAAAAGAGCUUGUUUUUAAUGCACCGCGAUAUUUCUUUUUUUUGUCGUAACCCGAUACACAGUCACCAAACUCCUACUAAUACACAUUAAAAAAAGAAUUUUUAACAAAAUGAUUGAUUACGUACGAAUGUGAUCUUCAAUUCAAUUAUUAAAAACAUUCUAAAAUUUUUAAUAUUACAAAUAAAACUAGUAACUUCUAUUUAAUAAUGAGAUUUGUAGAUCAAAGCUUAUUUUUAUUUUUUCUUUUUGAAUUGGAAAUCGUUUUCGUUGCGGAAAAUCACCACCCACACCAAAUCGUUUUUGAAUAUAGCAAGUACAAUAAAUUAAUUAGCUUUAAAUUUUUCCGGGAAACGUAGGCAAAAGUUAAAAAAAAAACUGUAUUAAGUUAA